GGCAAGGUGACCCCCAUGGCACAGCGCAAGCCAGAAGGGUCCGGCUUCCACAUGACCUGCCUGUCCAUGGCUCUGGCGUAUUCCUUUAGGCCAGAUGCCAAUAUACAGCCCCACCCUCAGCUGGGUAACACCCAGAAACAAACAGAGUUAGGAAAGGAACUGACAGGCACCAUGCCCCACCAAUACCCAGCACUCACCCCGGAGCAGAAGAAGGAGCUCUGUGACAUCGCUCACCGGAUUGUGGCUCCGGGCAAGGGCAUCCUGGCUGCAGAUGAGUCCACCGGGAGCAUUGCCAAGCGACUGCAGUCCAUUGGCACUGAGAACACUGAGGAGAACCGGCGCUUCUACCGCCAACUGCUGCUGACCGCCGACGACCGCGUGAAUCCCUGCAUCGGGGGCGUCAUCCUCUUCCACGAGACGCUCUACCAGAAGGCCGAUGAUGGGCGUCCCUUCCCCCAAGUUAUCAAAGCCAAGGGCGGCGUCGUGGGCAUCAAGGUAGACAAAGGUGUGGUACCCCUGGCAGGAACAAAUGGCGAGACAACCACCCAAGGGCUGGAUGGGCUUUCGGAGCGCUGUGCCCAGUAUAAGAAGGACGGAGCUGACUUUGCCAAGUGGCGUUGCGUGCUGAAGAUCGGGGAACACACCCCUUCUUCCCUCGCCAUCAUGGAAAAUGCCAAUGUCCUGGCCCGUUAUGCCAGCAUCUGCCAGCAGAAUGGGAUUGUGCCCAUUGUGGAGCCCGAGAUCCUCCCUGAUGGGGACCAUGACUUGAAACGCUGUCAGUAUGUAACCGAGAAGGUGCUGGCUGCUGUCUACAAGGCUCUGAGUGACCACCACAUCUACCUGGAAGGCACCUUGCUGAAGCCCAAUAUGGUAACCCCAGGCCACGCCUGCACCCAGAAAUAUUCUCACGAGGAGAUUGCCAUGGCAACUGUCACGGCGCUGCGCCGCACAGUGCCCCCCGCUGUCCCUGGGAUCACCUUCCUAUCCGGAGGCCAGAGUGAGGAGGAGGCAUCCAUCAACCUCAACGCCAUCAACAAGUGCCCCCUGCUGAAGCCAUGGGCCCUGACCUUCUCUUAUGGCCGAGCCCUGCAGGCCUCUGCCCUGAAGGCCUGGGGUGGAAAGAAGGAGAACCUGAAGGCUGCCCAGGAAGAAUACGUCAAGCGAGCCUUGGCCAACAGCCUUGCCUGCCAAGGAAAGUACACCCCAAGUGGUAAGGCAGGGGCUGCAGCCAGCGAGUCCCUCUUCAUCUCUAACCACGCCUACUAAGCCAACGUGUUCUAAGGCUGCCCCCUCAACACUCCAGGCCCCGUCCCCUCCCACACUCACUCUUGAAGAGAGGGGCUUCAUCUGGGGCUCCAGGCUGCUCUUUCCCGUCACUCUUGCCUCCUUGUGACAUUGGUGCCUGGUGUUGUCUGUGUACGCUAACUCCACUGUUUCCAGCCUACUGCCAAUAAACAGCUAUUUAAGGGGGAA